AUGUCACCCUCUCUCACUCCUGAUUGUGCCCAGAUGGAAGCAUUUGCAUCAUCUAAUAAUCUCAAAAUAUCUCUAGCAAUCAAUCUGUUGAUUGCGACUAUAGCAAUUCCAGUUCUCUUCUACAGUAUUUUUUUCAUUUCAACCACUCACAUGUUCCAUAAGAAUACUCGCCUACAAAUCCUAGUUCACCUUUUCGGACUUUUGUUGCAUUCGAUCGGGAGAUUGCUCCUCCAUAUCACAGAUCUCUUCAACUAUAUUACAAGGAAUGGGAAUUCUUGUGAGAUAAUUCCAGACUUCUAUAGAUGUCUCGUCCUUCGUGGUUUUUAUAACGUCGGUCUGGCAGUUUCCUCAAUGUGUUCCAUUGCUCUGGUUCUCGAGAGAAUUGCAGCCUACGCAAUAUCAGAACACUAUGAACACUGUGGAGCGUCGUUUGGAGUUUUAUUGGUGUUAUUCCAGAUUUUCCUAUCCAUGUGUUAUCUCUUCAGUAUGUACUUUCAUGCAGCAUUUUCUCCAGGGAAUUUUGUUCUCUAUUAUUGCCAAACUAUCGCGUCCUCCACUGGAUCUGUAUGGUUUGUAAUUGGACCAUUGUAUUGUGUUAUGGCAGCCCAAAUUCUUUCAAGAGUGAUGUUCCAAGUGCUAAUGGCUAAGAGUAAGAAGCUUCGUUCCCAGAAGUUAACCCUAUCCAGCCGAUUCAAUCUUGAGCAAAGCAUUCGUUCACUUGCUGCUUUGAAACUUCUUGUGAAUGCAAACACUAUUGUUUUCACCUUGAUAUCAGUUGUCACUACCACAUUACAUUUCAAUGCUGCAUCAUUGUCCAAACCAGAUUACAUGGCUUUGGUAGAAGCAGUACACAUUCUUCCAUUCUACGGAAUCGCAGUCUGUUAUGGUGUUCAUUUGAAACUACGAGUGAUUUCCAAAAGCGACGAAAAGUCGUUGUGGACAGCAAUGAAACUCGAUGGAGACAAAUACUUUGAUCAAUUUCGUCAACAGAUAAAAUGA